AUGACCCAGAAGGUCACAGGAGAUGAAGAUGGACUCGAGCUGUUCCUUCCAAAGGAGGUAGUUGUUUCCAUCGAGUUUGAUGGCAACUGGUUAGUGAUUACAAAGGUGAGUUGGAUAGUCUUAUCUCAAGAGUUACAGAUUAAUCCAAUGAGUAACAACUUUGCUAUGUCUGAUCUUGGAGAUCUCCAUUAUUUCUUAGGUAUAGAGGCCAAGCGCAAUUCACAAGGCAUGCUCCUCCCUCAAACCAAGUAUGCGCUAGACCUAUUGAAGCGCACCGGAAUGACAACUUGCCGGCCGAUCAAUAGUCCUGUUGCCACUGGCAACAAACUAUCAUCUUACCAAGGUGAACCAUUAUCAGAUCCUCACGAGUAUCGUCAGAUUGUUGGUGCUCUACAAUACUUGACGAUGACCCGUCCUGAUAUCUCAUAUGCUGUCAACCAAUUAACACUGGGGGUUGGAAUUACUGUCAAAUCAAGUUCCCUGAACCUAUUGGGUGCCUACACUGAUGCAGAUUGGGUUGGAUGUCCCAAUACACGUUUUUCGACAACUGGUUUUUGCACAUUCUUGGGAACCAAUCUCCUUUCAUGGGGUUCUAAGAAACAACCAACUGUCUCACGAUCAAGUGCAGAGGCUGAGUACAAGGCAUUGGCGGUCACUGUGUCUGAACUACUGUGGUUAUCUUAUCUCUUGCGAGAUCUUCAUAGGGAUGUCCAAACACCAAUACUAGUCUAUUGUGAUAGUCUCUCUGCCACUUAA